CAUGCUUUACAUAGCCUUUUCUCGUCACUGUCGACCAUAUAAGUUGCUACUUGUCGAAUGUAUUGAUAAUUCUCCAGUACUACAACAGUACUACAACCUGUGUUGACUGGAAGCACUGAAUUCAUUCAAAUUUCGUUGUUUUUUUGGGGGAAAAACAGUCAAAGUUGAUUCAGAUAGGAUUCUGAGCAUAGCACGAUGUAGUAGGAUUCGAUUCUUUGUAUUACUCUAAAGCAGAUUUCAGGCAGAUUCCCCGUGUACCUUCCCGCUUUGAUGAGGGGCGGUCUCAACACGGUGAGUGAGCGCUUGUAAGUAGAUUGGAUUUUCAAAACAUUUCAUUGGCUUGUCCAUAGGCCGAAAAAAGUCGGCCGAUAGGAAUUUUGACCUUCAUCUCGACGCUCAUCCAGUAUAAAUACCUGUUUUCCGCAUAUCUUCUAUUGUCAUUGGUAAACCAUGCCUGCUCCCGUUAAACCUCCCCGUACUCUUUACGAUAAAAUUUGGGACGACCACGUUGUUGAAGAGAAGAAGGACGGAUUAGCAUUAAUCUACAUUGACCGCCACCUCGUCCACGAAGUCACCAGUCCACAAGCGUUCGAAGGCUUGCGCACUGCCAGUCGUCAGGUUCGUCGUCCUGAUUGCACUUUGGCUACUGUUGAUCAUAACGUCCCAACUUCGUCUCGCAAAAACUUUUCCAAUGUCGAAGCUUUCAUCGACGAGCCUGAUUCACGGGCUCAAUGUGUUGCCUUGGAGGAAAACGUAAAAGAGUUUGGAUUAACAUAUUUCGGUAUGACUGAUAAGCGUCAAGGCAUUGUGCAUAUCAUCGGUCCUGAACAAGGAUUUACUCUUCCGGGUAUUACCUGCGUAUGUGGUGACUCUCAUACAUCGACUCAUGGAGCCUUCGGAUCUUUGGCAUUCGGGAUUGGUACCUCUGAAGUCGAGCAUGUCCUAGCAACUCAAACUCUUUUACAAAAGAAGAGUAAGAAUAUGCGAAUCACUGUCGAUGGCGAAUUGAUUGAGGGUGUUACAUCCAAGGAUGUUGUUCUCCAUAUAAUCGGUGUCAUCGGUACUGCAGGUGGUACUGGGGCUGUCAUAGAAUACGCGGGCUCUGUCAUUCGUAGUCUCAGUAUGGAGGCCCGGAUGAGCAUCUGCAACAUGAGCAUCGAAGCCGGAGCUCGUGCUGGUAUGAUCGCCCCGGACGAAAUCACCUUUGCCUACCUCCGUAAUCGUCCGCUUUCCCCUAAAGGCGAAACUUGGGAUCGCGCUGUUACUUACUGGCAAACACUCAAAACAGACCCCGAUGCCAAGUUUGAUAUCGAAGUCAACAUCCCCGCCUCCGACAUCAUUCCGACCGUCACUUGGGGUACAUCUCCUCAGGACGUAGCACCCAUAACUGGCGUUGUCCCUGAUCCUUCAACAAUUGAAGACCCGGUCAAGCGUGCCUCUGUCACGCGUUCUUUGACUUACAUGGGCCUCACUCCCAACACGCCUAUGCAGGACAUCAAAAUCGACAAGGUCUUCAUUGGCUCUUGUACGAACAGCCGAAUCGAGGAUCUCCGCUCUGCUGCGAAAAUUGUUCUAGCGGCUGGUCCGGAAGCCAAGGUCGCUCCUGGUAUUCUUGCUAUGAUUGUCCCCGGAUCCGGUUUGAUUAAAAAACAGGCGGAGACGGAGGGCUUAGACGUUGUUUUCAAACGCGCUGGAUUUGAUUGGCGUGAAGCUGGAUGUUCAAUGUGUCUAGGCAUGAACCCAGAUCAACUUUCGCCUGGUGAACGUUGUGCGAGUACCAGUAACAGAAACUUUGAAGGUAGACAGGGUGCCGGCGGUCGUACUCACCUUGUCAGCCCUGCCAUGGCUGCAGCUGCAGCGAUGACUGGGAAGCUGACUGAUGUUCGCAAAUUCCUCGGGGCCACUGCUGAAGCCAACAUCGCUGCAGGACCAAAACUCAAGCUCACUUCCGCAUUUGACUUCAUGGACGAUCCUGUUCUUCCCUCUCCCGAUCCCAUUCAAUCUACUACUCCAUCCACAGGUGGAACCAAUUUACCUCCUAGCGAAGCGCCUUCCUCCGUCGAAAAGUUCAUUGUCUUGAAGGGAAUAACUGCCCCUUUGCACAUCGAGAAUGUCGAUACAGAUAUGAUCAUACCCAAACAGUUCUUAAAAACUCUUAAGCGAACAGGACUCUCGAACGCACUCUUCUACAAUUUCCGUUUCGACCCGACGACGGGUGCCAAGACCGACUUUGUUCUUAAUCGCGAGCCUUAUACUCAGGCUAAGAUUCUCGUUUGCACUGGCAAAAACUUUGGAUGCGGAAGCUCUCGUGAACAUGCACCAUGGAGUUUGAAUGACUUUGGUAUUCGUUGUGUGAUUGCUCCUAGUUUCGCGGAUAUCUUCCGAAACAACUCCAUGCAGAAUGGCAUGCUGCCUGUCGCGGUGCCUCAGGAGGACUGCAUGGUUCUCGCACAAGACGCGGAAGCCGGUCUGGAGCUCGAAGUGGACUUGGAGAAACAAGAAAUUCGUCGUCCCAACGGCAUGCCUUCGAUCUCAUUUACCACAGACCCGUUUAGAAGACACUGUCUCUUGAAUGGGCUAGAUGACAUUGCCUUGACGUUGCAGGAUGUUGACUCAAUUGAGGUGUUCGAGCACAGGAGAAGCGAGUUGUGGCCGUGGUUAGACGGGUUUGGAUACAAGGCUGGAAAGAUCCCCGUAGCAGCGAAAAGAGCCCCGAAGAAAAUGGAUUGGUGAGGUUGAAGACAAUUAUACGCUCAUUUGUACAUGUAACGCGAGUUGUACAGUAUCUCGUAGUCCAACAGUAUUGAAUAUGUACCGUCAUUGUCAAAUUGGUU